AUGACGCUCGGAUUACAAGGAGAAUUUACUUUUUUGCAUGCCCUCCUCUCCUUCGUCGUUGGCACAAUAGCUGUCCUUUUCUUUCGCUUGUUUCUGCGCAGCAGACAGCACCUUGUGGAACUGGCACCUGAGUUUGUCUUUGUUCCACGCGGCUACACACUGGACGAGCUGAGCGAGUACGAUGGAGUCAAGAAACCGCUGGCGUUUGUCAGUGUGCGGGGGGUUAUUUACAGCUGCUCCACGGAGAUGUACGGCCUCAAUGCACCCUACAACGCCUUUGCCGGCCGCGACAGCUCGCGGCACUUGGGCAAGGUGAAGGUUGGGCGGGAGGAGUCCAACGCGGAUUGGACGACGCUCUCGGAGAGCCACCUCGCCGCGCUAAAGGACUGGGAAGAACUACUGCGCAGCAAAUACGUGGCGGUGGGGUGGAUCAUCCCCUCCGAGGACUUCACCAAACGAGCGGAGGCGUUUGAACCGUAG